AUGGCCCCCAUGGCUGACUCGGUGCUCAACCACUCCUGGCCGGCCUUCUCCAAGCUGUGGCUGAAGCGGUGGGCCUUCAAGAGAGUACAGACUCCGCUGGCAUCGGCCCUGGAUUCCAUGACCCCUGAUUCUCCAGGGCCCCCUGGAAUUAUCACAGACUUGUGGGGUCCCUCUUGUUUCAGAGGAAAUGUCUCCCACGACUUGGCCAGGAAUUUGUCUCGGGCGAGUUUAGCCAUUGAAGAUGACCAGAUGAUGUCCUGGUACGCAGGGCAUGAGAGGAGAGUGCUGGACAAUAUCAUAAGAGCUGGUCAUGCACUCAUUGCCUCAUGGGUUUUCUUGUCCCCGGUUCCCCGCUGCCCAUAUGAGCGCCUCCUGGUCAGGCCAGCCGCAUCGCUUAGUCUGCAUGACUUGUUAGUCACAGCCACCAUCACCUGCAUGAGCCACGUACUUGUUCAAGGCUCUGGGCCCAAGUCAUGUGUCCAGCCUUUUGACUCUGGAGCUGUGGCUUCAGCCACCAAGAGCAGCAGUGGAUCCUGGAAACCUGAGAACUCAGACUUCUUCUCUGCCAUGGGGGAUGAUCAGGAGGAUGAUUUUCCCAGGCGGCUCAGCGAGAGUAUGGAGGACCUCAGCCUGGAUUUGGGGGCCCUUCAGGGCAGCGAGUAUCUGCAGGACCUGGGCCUUGGGGCCCCUUCCCACAGCCAGCCUGGGGAGACCCCAGACAGCCGCCCCACCGGUGAAGAACCAGGAAGGGAUUCUCUUUUCUCCAGCUUGGCAGGGUCCCAAGACCUGUCAAGGCGGCGCAGCUGGGAAAGGUCGCGGAGCUGCUCAGAGAGCUGGCGGAGGCUCAGCCUCGAUGCCUCAACUGUGGAUGAGGAACCCUGUCUCCCCCGAACACUGGCCAGCCUUGCUUUGAACCUGCCAGGAGGAGGGCUGAAGACCUGGACUCAAGGGUGUCUCUCUGGGGGCGGGACCCCCGCAGAGAGCUCAGGCAAGGAAUGUGACAGCCCCAAGAAAAGAGGGAGGUCAAGGUCCGUUCCUGUGUCCUUCUAUGAGAUCCGCUCUCCAGAAAUCUCUCCGGGUUUGGAAGUGCCCACUCCACCUGUUCAAGGCCUGGAACCUCCAGUGCUGGAGUGCAUGGAAAAAGACCAUGUGGAACCAGAUCACGUGCUGAUUGUCCAGCAGGUGCUUCAAGAACUUCGACAGUACCAUGGGGCCCGGCAGAGGGCUUGCAUGUCAGCCAGCCCCGGAGGAGCCCACUCGAACCUGACCUGGUUUGAAUUCCUGUCGGAGAGCGAGGACGGUGCUGGCAAGAACGAGAAGAGUGACAAGAGUACCAGUGUGAAGCGCAGGCUGAGCUGCCUCCGCAGUCGAGUGACCAGGCAGAAGGAGAAGGGGAAGAGCCCAGCACAUCUAAAGGACAAGGGCCAGGAUGCACGAGAGAGGCGGGAGUGUGUCAAUGGGCACCAGCUGUUGCAAGGGACCUUCUCCAGCCCCUCCAGCUGCCCCCUGUGUGGCAAACCCUUCUUGAGCUCAGGUAAGUCUGGUGGCCCAAUCCAUCCUCCUGGAGGGCAGCCACUUUCUCUUCUUCACGUCCUUUCAAUCAUACUCCUGGGGUCUCUUUUGAUGUGUGCAUCCUCGUUCUGUUUUGCCCUCUCCUCGGCGGCUCCCUGGAGAGAACCAGGGAUCGGUCCCUGGGCGCAGGGACCCUUGGGCUAA